ACAGUUUUCGACACGACUGCUCGCGAUGUCACAUGACGAUGUUUUAAAGUAAACCAAAGUUUAAACAUGGCGACAAAGGGUGAUAGAAAACGAAAAAGUAGCGAAAAACCCACGAAACCCUUGACUAGUUCUCACACAGAGACGUGGCUGAUACCUGUAGUUACGCUUUUGAUAACCAUAUUACAUCACGCACACGUAUCAACACUUUUCGAAAAUGAUCGACAUUUUUCUCACUUAUCGGAGGUCGAAAGAGAGAUGUCUUUCAGAACUGAAAUGGGUAUGUAUUAUUCCUACUACAAGACAAUUGUCGAGUCUGAAACAUUCUCUGAAGGGCUAUAUAAGAUAAAACAUGAUAAUUUAACUGAGUAUCCGAGCACAAUAAAUGCCCUGAAGAAGUUCAACUUGUUUCCAGAGGUAGCCAUCGGUUUCCUUUAUCAUAAUUUAAAAUGGCUGGGUAUGAUACCGACACGAUUAUGCUGGCAGGUCGAAAGAGGAGAAGGCCUAACUCCUGUUACAAGUUGUGAAGGAUUAGGGGAACCGAUAUAUCUUUACUUACAAGUUGUAUGGUGCUGUGCUUCGGCUACAAUGGCAAUACUCUUUUUGUAUGCCGAAGGCCUGAGUAGCUCAAUUUCUGGCGGUCUAAUAGCAGUUGCAUUGUAUUUCUACAAUCACAAUGAUUGCACCAGGGUUCAGUGGACUCCACCUUUACGGGAAAAUUUUGCGUAUCCUGCACUACUUGGCCAGAUGUUUAAUGUCACUUCGAUACUUAAGCGAUAUAUGAUAACCAGAAAAGUUAAAUGGAAUGACAUGCACCAGGACUCGCCAAAUCGGGGCAUGGUCAUAUGCACAUUGCUUAGUUUGUUGUGCUGGCAAUUUUCACAGUUUGUGUUUGCCACUCAGCUAUUCGCGCUGUUGAUAUUAAAGUGGUUACAAAUAAUUCCGAACGAACUGUACAAAAAAUUCUGUUUGAUUCAUGCUAUACCUGUGACCAUUUUCAUUAUAUGGACGCAGAAUAAUCUGGUACUGUGUUCAUUGUACACUUGCAUGCUAAUUGCAAGCACCAUCUUUUCUUUGCUGAGCAGUAAACUGCCAUUGCAUAUAGCGGUACCCUUCGAAGUGGCAGGCACGUUAUUUGGCACACAAUUUCUUAAGUUUGUUCUAAUCAAUUCUGAAGAUGACGCUCAUAUUUUUGAUAUCUUGACUGCAAAGUUGACAAACUAUAAGAACUUCCAUACAAUGCUUUAUACUUGUUCGAGUGAAUUUGACUUCUUGCAGUAUGAAACAUACGAAGCAAUAAUAAAAACGCUGCUCCUACCGACCGCUAUUAUGUCGGGAAUUCUAAUUUUAUAUUACUGGUACAGAUGUUACCGGACAGAAGGUCUUCCAAAUUGCAUUGAAAUGCACGUAGCGUAUAAUCUACUGCAAACGGGAGCCUUUAUAAUUAUGGCAAUAUUCAUAAUGCGACUGAAAUUAUUCAUGACACCUCAUCUUUGCAUCAUAGCUAGCUUAGUUUCGAAUAAACGAUAUUUAGAAAAGAUCGAAAUCAAAAAUCCCAAAGUUCGAGCGUUUGUACUGGCUCUACUCUUUGCUUGCAUGUCAUUUACCGGAAUCCAGCGUCUGUACGAAGAACAUAGUUUCGUUGGCGAAUACAGCAACAUAGAACAAGAACAAUUACUGGACUGGAUCCAGAGAAAUACUCCAAGUAACGCGGUAUUCGCUGGUAAAAUGUCCUUGAUGGCUAACAUAAUGUUAUCCACAAGAAGACCCAUAGUCAAUAAUCCUUAUUAUGAAGACAAAGAGAUGAGGUCAGUAGGGCUAUCGCACAUUCAAAUAAAUUCUUCAACCUUACCGAAUAUUUCUUCACUCUGCAGAGAACGCACUCUGAAAGUCUAUGAGAUAUUUAGCAGAAAAGACGUGUCCACCGUCUACAAAACUCUCAUGGACAUGAAGGUUGAUUACGUUGUAUUAGAAGAAUCACUGUGCUACGAUGUCGGUAGUUCAAUGCCUGGGUGUCAAAUGACAGACCUAUGGGAUUUGGUGGACGAACGCAAUUCCAGACGACCUCCUGUCUGCCCUAUAUUAUGCCGUGGAAAUCCUUACCCGUUUCGAAGAGUUUUCGUCAAUCGACGUUACGUAGUGUUGCAGUUGGGACCCUCUAUGUCAAUCGAAUUGAAUCCCAAAAUCAUUGAGUAUCAUCAGUUCUGAAGACAACAUGCGGGUAAGAAAUUUGCCGAUAAACUUCAAGACCUCUGCAGUCAUCCGGUCGACAUUGAGUUCUGGCAUCCGGCCGCUCAAGUAAGAUUGUGCCAUCGUCCAGAAUAAGUCUUAACAAAAUUAACAACGUUGUUGAUUAUUACCUGGCUGAUAGCUCGGAAUGAAAUGUAAUUUUUUUAAGGAAUUGCCGACAACGAGAUGGGAAUGUAUGAUAAUAUGUAUAAGCGUAAAGUAGAAUUUCAUAUUUACGAAGUAUUAAAGUAAUAAUUGGACGAAAGAUAAGUCAUAAGAAAAAAAUUCAUAAAGUCAACCAGUGAUUAUGUCAACUGGUUCAUCUGCAAAAAAAAAAAAUCAGUAUUGUUGUAUUUCGUAUAUUAGCAGAAUGUUAACAUUUGCAUAGAUUGAGAGGAUCAACUCGCUGUUAUUUUCGUAUCGAGUCAGGAAUAAAAUAUUUUCUAGUCUGAUCUGUCGCCAUUUACGAAAGGCAGCAAAUACAUGAAUUCUUUUCCUGUUCAUCGUAAAUCAGAUGGGUCAAUGAUAAUCAUUGUAUGCCAUUCACCUCUAUUUCCCGGGUCACACCGUCGAUUUGGUUCGGACUAUCAAGACAAAUGAAUCGAAUUGACGGUAAAUUCUCACGGACUUAGAGACAUGAAAUAAUAUAAAGCAGUAUGUUAUACAAAAAUUGUAGUAUUAGAAUGUAAAAACGAUUGUACUAAUGAAAAGAGUAUUAUCUAUUUAAGAAUCUGAUUUCAGUAAAGUUAUAAUUAUUUAUACUAUACAGCUACAUUUGGUUAGCGCUUAUCCAUUGAUUUCAACAACAAUAAAUAUUUUUAUUGCAACAA